AACGGCGAUGAUGAUCUUCACAGCCUGUCAACAACCGUCGUUCUUUUGACGCGCCAGAUGCAAUUUCCUUCAAGAAGCGCAAACCCGCGUUCUCUUCGCCUCCCGGUGGGCGCUGGAUGCGAGCCGUCGAUCACCCUCGUUCACAUUCCUCGCCUUGCUCGCUUGCCACCGUGCAUGCGCCGGUAUAAAUACCGCCGGCGCCGGCUCCUCCCUCCCAGCGCCCCCCCACCAGGCCCAACAACCCACACUCGUUCACUCUCUUUCACCACCCACCACCACCAGAAUGCCCGCCUUCGCGCACCUCGCCGGCCUCCUCCUCCUCGCCCCCGCGCUCAUCCGCGCCGCGGCCAUCCCCGCCCCUCCGCCGCCCCGGCCGGCCCCCCCGCCCGACGUGCUCAAGGCGCUCGAAGGGCUCCGGCCCGGUCUGUUCCUCGACCACCUGCUCGGGGCGCUGCACUCCAUCGUACCGGCCCCGCGCCCGGGCCCACCACCACCACCACGCCCGCCGGCCGCGGCCCCACCACCACCACCACCACCCGCCGGCCCCGGCCGCCUAUGUGCUCGGCGGGCGCGACGGCUCGGACGACGACGACGGCGCCGCCACGGACGACACCACGCCCGGGGGCGGGGCCUGUCUUCGGGAUGUCCGCGCGCCGCGUGCUGGCUGCGGCCGUGCCCGAUGCGGACGCCGGUCCGGAGCGCCGCGCAGUCGCCGACAUCGGGCUCGCUGUGGGUAUCGAGAUCGUCGGGGACGGCGCGGUCGCGCGCAAGCGGACGCUGUAUCCUGAGGAGGCGCUGCACCCCGUGCCGGUGGCCGCCCCGGGACAUGCCCCCGCCGAGGACGUUGCGCGUGUGCAGCGGCGGCAGGAGGCGGCGCCGGAUCUGGAUGCUGGGGCCGACGUGGACGGUCACGCGCCCGUGAGCAUUAACGCCCGCGAGGGCGUCUGA